ACCGGCCAUGACCGUCAUGCCACGAGCACGGGGGCCAUCACUGGAAGACCUGUCCAACGAGGUUCUCGAGCAGAUAACCCAGUACAUCCAACAUUGGUCGAGGCUUCCUUCCCGCCUCUCGGUCUAUGGCGUCCUGUCACGCGUCAGUCGCCGUUUGCGCGCGUUCGCCCUCCCGCUGUACUUCUCGACGAUAUGCAUUCCCGUGAAGAUGGCUACGCUUGAUUCCUGUGUGAUGAAAGCGCGCCCUCUCAUGCGGUUGAAUGCGUUGUUCGAUACCAAUCUCCGGUACAAGCGGUAUGUCAAGAGUCUUACCAUCGGUUCGGGGACGUAUCCGACCUCUCCGUGGAUCAACGUAGAUCCUGAUGCCACGGAGGGUCUCGGGCAGUACUCCUGCGAGUUCCUCGACAUGCAUCCGGCAUGCCCAUGGGACCUGCGCAGCUUCGUUUCGCUCUCCGUCAGCUGUGGGCCAUCCCUCAUACGGCUGCUUAGCUCUUGCAGCAACCUACGCAUACUCUCGAUGCGGUGGCACGAUGCGACCUUUCCGGACCUGUCGCACUUUCCACUACUCGACACGCUGCGACUGGUGGGACAGCACUGCAUCACCGUCUGCGAGGAUCGGAUGAAGUAUCUCACGAAGCCAACGAAACCGCAUCCAUCUCUCCGCUAUCUGGCAUUUCACGGUGGCGUACACAUACCGAGGAACCUAGUAGAAGACCUGCACGAGCUCUACCCCCGUCUCCGCGUUCUCGUCGCCAUGCAGGCCCCGUUUGCACCUCAGGAUAUCCUCCAUAUGAUCUCCAGGCAUCACGACCUCGAGGAAGUCAACGCGGAGUUUCAAGGUAUAGACCUUGAGCUACAACGGUGCCGACUGGACAAUUUGGUCAAUGUGAUGUGUGGGCGAACGCGUAUCUGGCCGCCAAGACUAGCUGCGACGAUACCAGGGCCAGGGCCGUCGCACGCUGCGAUGAAAUGGGCCGGGAUUGAGGUAGUUGGGUUCGCAUUCGUGCGGAAGAGGCGCAGCUCGGAUCCGAGUCUGUACGGGGAACCUCCCUACAGCGUCAGCUCCCUAGCUCUACGUUGCACCUCCCAAGAAUCAGACAACCAGAGGAUGCCCGACACGCUACGUAAUCUUCUCGUCAACCCCGUUGGGUUUCCCUUCAAGCGAAUUCGGCAUCUCUCUGUAUCCGUCCAUGAACCCGGGUUUCGUAGAGAUAAGUACGUCGAGGAUUUCUUGGCAAAGUUGGGUACCGUGCUUGCGCACUGGCCCGUGAUAGAGACAUUUACCCUCCAUCACGACAUCGUGGACAAGGAAUGGCCGGAGGGGGCAGGAGUUCCCGUUCUCGACGACGCGGACAUUCCCAGCCAGAUGUCCGACGUGUAUUACGGGAGUAAUCGAACGCUCGAUGAUUGUCUCGCCUACCUCGACGAUGAUGCCAUCGAGAAGGUGGUAGAGGAGCUCAGUCGUAUUCUGGGCCGGCAAGUCAGCAUUUGUGACGGGGAUAUCGACAUCGACAAGUUAUGGAUGGAGCGGAACGAGCGCACGGUCGAGCGCGCGGUGUUCAAGCUAGCGCAAAAGUGCACCACUUUGCGCAAGUUUCACUGGUUCGUGUGUCCAAUGGGUACACUCACGUCCUGGGCGUAUCGGAUACUACGCGGCGAGGAUCCACGAAGGCCAACGGUGGUGGGGCGGAGAUCCUAUGAGGGGUGCCUUUCUGGCGAACUGUUCCCAUUUACCGCGGUGGUGGGUCAGGAAUUACGUGCUGCGAAGGAUGGGUGGACACAGCGAUCUAGGUAUCCUUGCUGAGAUUGUACCAGACAUAUCCACGAUGUAGUGCACCACGUACGAAUGGGAUUUCCUGCGUCUUGAACUCGAACCUAUUGCAAGAUCA